GCUUCCGGAAAUUAAAGCCCAAGUCCGUUUCUCGUCCGUCUCUUUCUUUUCUCCCAUCUCCAUAGCCGCAUCUCUUUGUCUUCUCCCAUACGUCUGCCUCCAAAUUCCAGGUUUUGUCUUUCUCCUCUUUAUAAUAAUCUUUGUACUAUUUCCAAAGUGAUAGAGUGUUGAUACAUACAAAAUUGAAUAUUUGCUGUCAAAUACACAUGCCUGCACCAUGACUUUUAUUAUGGUAUGAAUUGUGAGAAUCGAUGUUUAUACGUAUUUGUUUGUUAACAAAGUACUGAAUUUCAAAUUCUCAAUUAAUUUUGAAUGAACACUAAAAUGAAAACAGUUUUUAAAAAAGUGAAAAUACAAAACUGAAAACAGUUUUUGGUUUUCUGAAAACAUAAAACUCACAACCAUACCGAACGAGCCCUAGAUAAACAGAUCUCAUCUACUAUUGUAUCAGGUUCGUCGAUCUUCAACAGAAAGACCCAAAUUACCGAAUAUCUUCCAUCCGUUCUGUAGCGAAAUCUCCAGAUAGGGAAAUGGAUGCAAAUGUACCAAACCUAAAAAAGUGGAUUAUUUUAUACCCAGUGUAUAUAAAUUCAAAGAAGACAAUCGCUGAGGGAAGGCGAAUCAGUGUGAGCAAAGCUUGUGAAAACCCUACUUGUGCUGAGAUUCAAGAUUGUUGUAAUCACCUUAAAGUCCUCAGCACUAUAGAGACUGAAAAGGCAUAUCCACGUGACUAUAUGCAAAGAGGGAGAGUUAGAGUUCUACUUAAAAGGGAAGAUGGGUCUUUGUAUAAUCUAGCUAUAUCUUCCAGAAAAGAGCUGAUGAUGCAUGUGGCAGAGUUGGUGCCUAGACAUCCAAAUAGGACAAAGAAGCAAGAGCCUGCAUCCUCUGCAGCUGCUGGCACUUCCAAACCGGGAAAGAGUGGCAAAAAGAAGAGAUAGUUCCCAUUGCCAAGGAAUUCCUCAAUUAUUUGACUGGACUCGCCUUUUUGUCUUUUUCUGCCCUUACUUAAAAUAUUAGUACUAAUAAUAGCAGUUUAUAAAAUGCUUACGCUGUACUUAUCUUACAUACACGUCAAACUCUGAUGAACAGUACUUUUCAGUUUUCACCAAAAAAAUGCAUGCUUUUAAAAACGUACCCGCCACCCACCUCCAUGUUUUCAGCUCCUCACAUGGAAACAAGAAAUUGAGUUUGGAAUUUGGAAACAAAAUUGACCUCCAAUUUGAUUUGGACCUUUAUUAGAUGGCUUUACUUUCAACUUUUUUAAAAGUUCUGGUCGUAUUUCUAUUUCAAUUGUAGUUAUUACUCCAUACUAAAUCAUUCUUGUUAUUUAUAUUAUUAUUAAUAUUAUUAUUAUCAUCAUUAUUAUGAGUUGA